UCGUGUUAUAUUUAGGUAAUUAAAACUGUUGUAUCACGUGCUGCUGGUAACAGCAACUAUGGCAACGUCCACGGACAGCUUCCAUUUUUUCUGUUUGCUGUUUAUUUCUGUUUUGUUUACCGGUCGCAGACAUUAAAAUCAUGAUAAUGGCCGUUAUUAUUACUAAUGUUACGCUCCUCAAAUGGACAUAAAUAAAUGAGGGUAGCCUUUGGUCUUGAGGUUGAGCGAUGAAACCUUUUGCCAGCGCCGUUAGACCUGAGCUGACGUCACUGCCAGUCAAAGUUCCUUUAUUAAUACAAAACAUUAAAGGCGGGCGAGCCAGUCAACCUAAGGACUCCUCGACUUCUCCGGGGUCCGGCGGUAACACGCACGGUAAAUGCAAUGUUUUUUCAUCUGGACUGAAAUACUCAAACAGCCCGAGUCGUGAGUGAUGUUUUAUGUUUAAAGCGUGACACUAAAUUUCACAAUAAACACCCAUGAUGCAGCCCGUUUCCAUACAGUCUUGCUGACGUGAUUAAACUUUCCAUUUUUUGUCUAUUACAUUUUUAGAUUCCAAUAAUGUAAAGUCACACAAUGUCAGCUCUAUGGGGCCUUUCCUUCCACUUUUAGCCAAAGACAGUUCAGCAAUGACCAACUGUACCUUAGACAACAAUGUGUUUGAUAAUGAUACUUCUGGUCGGCAUUUUUUGUUUGAUGAAAGAUGGAGAAAUGGAGUCUACAUCCCAAGUGCUUUUGGAGCUUCAUCUAACAGGAUCAUCUCAACAUCUCAACAAGAUGAUGUUCUUAUCAAACAAAACUCCUCAAUGCUUUUACCUUAUCCAGAGUUCCAUGUUUAUCGGUCUCACAAUUUUACCAGAUUUGCCCACCGCAAAGAAUUUUCCUUGGGCAACCCAAAACCUCUUGUUUUUGGGGCUGAUUAUCUCACCUCAUUUCCGUCAGUCCUGUUACCAGCUACCACCCCGUCUGUCGGUGAGGGGCUCUGUCUAUCUCAAAACUAUAAAAACAGGUCAAGGGUGAAAAACAAGGCGCGUAAUCGUGUUGAUGCUAAAAACAAAUUUCACUCCUACCCUGAUCCGCUCCUGGGUGCCACAUCCAAUUUUGUUCAGAGGAUGACGGAGAUCUCCUCCCUGGAGGCGGAAACCGUCCGGCAGGAGAAAAUUAGGAAACUCAAAAAGAUCAAUAGGCAGGACUCUUAAUUAGAGUUUGUUAACCAAAGAGGAAGCACGCAGCUGAAUUAAGAACCGUGCCAAGGUUGUGGAAAUUAAAUUAGGGUUAAACAGCUGAUGAAUAAAUCAGUGUAAAUACACCAGAGAUAGGCUGUAGCUACAUGCAUUAUGAAUGAAUAUGUUACAUUUUUGGUGUAACUAGCUGAAAGUGUUUGAUUUUAAACCAAAUUUACCUGAAGAUGCGUAUUUUCCAUGAAUAACUGCCUUGAAUUACAGUGAUAAUGCAUUUAUGUGAUAUGUUAAUAGAAAAACAAAAGAAGUAUUGAAAAUGGGUUAUAUUGGAAACAUAUCGCUAUUGGGAAGAUUGAAAGGAAGUGUUUAUUUUCAAAGAUUGUGUACUUUUUUAUAUAUGUCUACUACAGAUACAGUAGUACAUUAUGCAA